AUGAAAAGUCGCUUAUUAAGGAAUUGGUUUGGUUUGGCAAUUUUUGUCACAUUUCUUCUUAUAUUUAAUGUAUUAUAUACGGGUAUCGCAUGGCGGCAACUUCAGGAACGAUAUACAGAAUUAUCCCUAUAUGGCGCAGCAAAUUUUAGCGCAUCGAUGAAAGUGAUAUCAUCGAUAUUACAAUUGAACCGAUAUUUACAGAACAAAACGCUGUUCGUUGAUCCUCGCUUCAUUUCAAAAAUGCGAGGUUUUGAAACACAUUCAAUCGGUGAUAAUCAAUUACAUAUUGGUGAGGAGAGGCUUGAUGAUAUUUUAGAAACAAAUACCGUUAUGAUGGCAUUCUUUGAUCAGGAUAGGCUUGAUAUCGUAAGUAUCUCCUAA